GCUGGCACAGAAGAUCACGAGGAAGUUGGUGUUUGCACUAGUGACAAGACUAUCAUAGAGCGGCUUCUUGAUAACUAUAAGUCGUUCAAGACGCCGUCAGAAACCGGAGUGAUAGUGUGGAUUGAGGUGUGGGUUCAAGAAGUCAACUCGGUGAAUGAGAUCACUAGCGACUUUGAUAUGGACAUCUAUGUGACGGAACUUUGGAUGGAUUAUGCUUUACGAUAUGACCAUAUGAGCCCUUGUAAAUACAACCUGUCACUUAAUUCGGAGAUUCUGGAUCAAAUUUGGAAACCGAAUACCGUUUUCAUUAACAGUAAGGCGGCGCAUAUCCACAAAUCGCCUUUCAAAAACGUUUUUCUCAUGAUCUAUCCGAAUGGAACCGUAUGGGUUAAUUACAGAGUUCAGGUGAAAGGUCCUUGUUCGAUGGACUUCAGCGCAUUUCCGAUGGAUCGUCAAUCCUGUCAUCUUACACUGGAAUCGUUCAGUUAUAACAACCAAGAGGUUGAUAUGCAAUGGACUAACUGGACCGAAGGCCUUUCGCUUCUCAAAAAGGAGAUUGUGCUGCCGGAUUUUGUGCUCAGCAAUUACUCAACCUCAAUUGAACGUCAGAUAUAUCCGGCAGGAAUCUGGAAUGAGCUGACGAUGACUUUUGUGUUCAGCCGUCGAUACGGGUGGUAUAUAUUUCAAGCCUAUAUUCCUACAUACCUCACUAUUUUUAUAAGUUGGAUAAGCUUUUGCCUUGGUCCGAAGAUGAUACCUGCUCGAACAAUGCUUGGAGUGAACUCUCUCCUUGCCUUGACCUUUCAAUUCGGGAACAUUAUGCGGAAUCUUCCUCGAGUUAGCUAUGUCAAAGCACUUGGUGAGUACUGUCCAUGA